AUGGCUCGUCAAUUCUUCGUCGGUGGUAACUUCAAGAUGAACGGUGUGAAGGAUAGCAUCACCAGCAUCGUCAGCAACCUUAACGCCGCCAAGCUCGAUUCCACCACCGAGGUCGUCAUCUCUCCUCCUGCUCUGUACCUCACUCUGACCCGCGAGCUCGCCGACCCCAAGAUCGGUGUUGCCGCCCAGAAUGUCUUCGACAAGCCCAACGGUGCCUUCACCGGUGAGAUCUCCGUCGAACAGCUCCAGGACACCAAGAUCAACUGGGUUGUCAUUGGCCACAGCGAGCGCCGUGUCAUCCUGAAGGAGACCGAUGAGUUCAUUGCCCGCAAGACCAAGGCUGCCAUUGAGGGCGGUCUCUCUGUCAUCUUCUGCAUUGGUGAGACCCUGGAGGAGCGUGAGGCCAAUAAGACCAUUGAGGUUGUCACCCGUCAGCUCAACGCUGCCGCCAAGGAGCUUAGCAAGGAGCAGUGGGAUAAGGUUGUCAUCGCCUACGAACCCGUCUGGGCUAUCGGUACCGGCAAGGUCGCUACCACCGAGCAGGCCCAGGAGGUCCACGCUGCUAUUCGCAAGUGGCUCGGUGCCAGCGUCUCCUCCGAGGCCCAGGCCGGUGUCCGUAUCAUCUACGGUGGCUCUGUCAGCGAGAAGAACUGCCGUGAGCUCGCCCAGAAGGAGGAUGUUGACGGUUUCCUUGUUGGCGGUGCCAGCUUGAAGCCUGCUUUCGUCGACAUCAUUAACGCCCGCAUCUAA